AUGGCGCUCGUCGUGGUCGUCAAGAAUUUUCAGGCCCUCAAGUGCAAGGGCGAGAAGCUUGCCAGGGUCGAUUUUCGAGGCGUAUCGCACUAUUCGAGGAACCUCGAAGAAGAUGGCGACCUCGUCACCGUGGAACAGAGUUUCACCUGGAACCUGGGGGGCCCAGUCGACGAGGCCGAAGAGAUCCAGGUUGCCGUCGUCACUCGAGGAGUCCUCAGGAGCGAGAAGGUCCUCGCAAAAUAUGUCAUGGUCCUGCAGACCGUCGUGAGGGAAGGACGAGUCCUCGUCACGGAUUUCCUGCAGGACCUCAACAACAAAUCCCUGCCGACCGUGGUUUGCUUCGAGGUUCGCUACGAAGCCCCCGACAUCAGCUGCAGUUCUUAUGCUGCGGCAGAUUUGGAAGACGAUCAGCAGAUGCUGAUCGACAUCGAGCAGAACAUCGCGAAUCUGGAGAGGAGCUUACAGCAAGCGAACGACAGCAAACGUCGAGGCUCUUGGCAUUACUCGGAGAAAAAUUCGAAAAAGGGAGCUUCUCAGAGAGGGACUUCCCCCGCUACGGAGGAAAAAUCGCCGAGUCGGAAAAGCAGGAUCUCGACCCUGAAGACCGUCAGGUCCUUGAUCAGACUCGGCAAGCAUCGGCCCCCACGUGACAGAUCUUGCGACAGUAAUUCCGAGACUCGAGAGCUCCUUGACACGAGGGAUUCCAGUAAUGUCACCUCGAACGAGCCCUCUCGAACCAACUCGAUGACAUCUCUGGAAACGAACGCCUCCGACGAGGAAAGUCAUCUCAGUGGGAAUCCCCCUCAAGAGGAGCCCCUCGUGAAACCGACGAGAGGAGUCAAGCCCAAGCACACCGAUCCAGGGCAAACCGCCCUCAAGGCCCAGGACUAUCAAGUCUGCGUCACGAUCAUCGAGGCCAGACAAUUGGCCGGCCUCAACAUGGAUCCCGUAGUCUGCGUACAAGUGGGGGAUCAGAAAAAGUACACGAGCGUGAAGGAAUCGACAAAUUGUCCCUACUACAACGAGUACUUCGUCUUCGACUUCCACAUGCCGCCAGUUAUGCUGUUCGACAAGAUCAUCACCCUCUCGGUGCAGCAGUCGAGGAACCUCCUGCGAGCAAAUUUGACUUUGGGAAGUUUCAAACUGGACGUGGCUACAGUUUGGUCCCAACCUGAUCACCAAUUCUACCACAAGUGGGCUCUUCUGACCGACCCUGACGACGUCGCCGGAGGCCCUAAGGGGUACUUGAAGUGCGACAUCAGCGUUAUCGGGAAGGGCGACACCGUCAAGGUACCCCCAAAAAGCGAAAAGGACGAAGACGACAUCGAGGGCAAUUUGUUGCUGCCCGUUGGGGUGCCUAUCGAGAGGCAGAGGGCAAAAUUCAUCGUCAAAAUCUACAGAGCGGAUGGCCUUCCGAAGAUGAACAGCAGCAUCAUGGCCAACGUAAAAAAGGCCUUUAUGGGGGAGGUGAAGGACCUGGUGGAUCCUUACGUGCAAGUGUCCUUCGCAGGAUUGACCGGCAAGACCAGCGUGAAGAAAAACAGCUACGCUCCCGUGUGGAAUGAGCAGAUUGUCUUUACGGAAAUGUUCCCACCGCUCUGCCAGAGGAUAAAAAUCCAGCUGAGGGAUAAUGAUCCAGUCCAUGCGACCGUCAUUGGGACGCAUUUCGUGGACCUGAAGCAUAUCAGCAACGAUGGAGAGAAGGGUUUUCUUCCCACCUUCGGUCCAGCCUUCAUUCACCUGUAUGGAAGCAUCCGAGAUUACAGCCUGAUAGACCAGCACUCGACGUUGAACACCGGCCUUGGAGAAGGGAUUUCGUAUAGAGCAAGACUGCUCGUCGCCAUCCGGACCGAAAUCAGCGACAACGUCGACAUAGCGCCGUCAGAGGUGGAGGUGGAACCAGCGGUUCCGAUAUCCGAGGCAGCCUACGCAAAAAACGAGGAAUUCUUCCUCUUCGCCACGAUAAUGGACGCGACCAUGAUUGAUAAGAAGCUGGGCGACAAACCCCUGUACUUCGAGAUUUCCAUCGGUAAUGCUGGGAAUGCCCUGGAUGGGCACAACGAGAGCUCCAAGGUCUGCGAUUUCUCCUCUCCAGGAGGGAGCAGGGACGACGAAGAGCUGCAGGAGGUCCUGACGGGGUCCUGGCAGAGCACCACCCCAUCUGGAAAACCGAUGACCCAUGAUAAGACCUACUAUUUCCUUCCCUACUGGGAUGAUAAGCCUUGCCUCCACGUCAGGAGCGUUUGGCCGGAUUACAGGAGGAGGAUGUACAAUAGCAACGUCAUCGGCAAGAUCAUCGAUAAACUGGAAGAGGGUCUCUCCGAAGUGCAGCAGCACGUCGAGGAGCCCCCCGGAGAGAAGAUGCUGAAAACGGUGCUGGAGGAGCUGAGCAACAACUGCGCUCGCUACAUCAACAUCAGCAAGAGUGCCACCUCAGGGCCCGUCAGGAAGACGAGGCUCGACCAGGAGAGGACCAAGCUGUGCCAGAGGGAGCUGGAAAACAUGGGCAGCAUGUCCAGGAACCUGAAGGCUCUGGUCACCAAGAGCAGCUUCAAGGAGAGACUGAAGACCGCCCACGGUUACCUGCAGAAGCUGAAGUUCCUCCUGGAAGACCCCCAAGACUCCUUGCCGGACGUCUUCAUCUGGGUGAUCAGCUCCGGUAGACGAGUCGCCUACCAUAGGAUCCAAGCACGGGACCUCAUCUUCUCCGUCGAGGAAGAGGAGUGCGGGAGAUUCUGUGGCAAGGUGCAGACCAUGUUCCUGAAGCUUCCAGGCAAGAAGCGGUUCGGCCCUUCGGGCUGGGCGAUUCAGACCAAAUUACAGAUCUACAUGUGGAUGGGCAUCCUGGGCCACAAGAAGUUCUUCAUCCAGGGUCUACCUAAGGGAUACGAAGUCAGUCAUGAGAUCAGGAACGCGGACAGACCCAGGUCCUUGCCGCCCUCUGUGAUCCACUACACGGAGAAGCACAAAUUCCAGCUUAGGGCGCACAUGUACCAGGCCAGGUCGCUGAUCGGCAGCGACGCUUCAGGUUUGUCGGAUCCCUUCGCCAGGGUGAUCUGCGGUGAGUUUUCCAAAUCGACGCAGGUGAUCGACGAAACCCUGAGUCCGACCUGGGACGAGCUAUUGCUCUUCGACGACAUCUUGAUUUGCGGAGCCAUCGACGAGAUCGAGAAAGACCCCCCGUCGAUCGUGAUCGAGCUCUUCGAUCAGGACAAAGUGAGUCGUUCUAUUGUAGCUAUGGACAUAACACUGCAUGAGGGCUCUGCUUAUACAGGGAAGUCGGAGUACAUCGGUCGAGCAAUUGCGAAGCCUCGCGUCAAGGUGUCCUCUGAGUCUUACACACCUCCUCGUUUUCCGCCGUCCUUGGAAUGGCUGGACAUAACGAGAGGAACUUCGAGGGCUGGUGAACUUCUGGCCGUCUUCGAACUUCUUGAAUAUUCCUCCACCAAGGAGCAUAUCUUUCCGAGCCUUCCCGAUCCAAAGGAAAGGGCUCUUCAGCUACCGAGUGGGGCAGGUCAAGAUCAAGGACCGAUUCUUCCAGUUCCUGUGGGGAUCAGACCCACGUUGUCGAAAUAUCGGAUAGAGGUGCUCUUCUGGGGCCUCCGGGACCUGAAGAGGAUACAUCUUCUGACGGUGGACAAGCCAAGGGUCGACGUCGAGUGUGCCGGGCACAUCCUGUACUCCUCCGUGAUCUCGAAUGCCAGGAAGAACCCGAACUUCAACACCCCCGUCAAGUUCCUGGAACUGGAACUCCCCGAGCAGGAACUCUAUCGACCACCCUUGACAAUAAGAGCGGUGGACUGUCGCAGUUUCGGGAGGUACACCCUGGUAGGCACCCACACGAUCAACUCCGUACAGAAAUACACCUACCACCCGCAGACGAAGAGAGCCAGGGAUGCUGAAGAGAGAAAAAAGAGCCUGUACCAGCUACAUCACCAUUCUUCAGGUGAUUCUUCAAGGCCAAGAGUCCACCAGCAACCUGACUUCCUCGACAGGGAGGCAACCCAUGGCGACACCAUAAUCACCCUUGGCUUCGACCCCUUCAGUUGGCCGACAAAGAGGGACAAAACGGAGCAGAACCUUCGCAAGAAACAACGUCCCCCCAGCGAGGGGAGUCUAGGGGACUUCGGGGUAGAAGACGACGAGGGGUGCCAGGACUGGUGGACGAAGUACUUCGCCUCGGUGGAGGCGACGAUUGAGGAGAGUAAAGAGAGUCGAAAGGAGAAGAAUCUGCAGAGCCAGCAGAAUGGGAACGCACCUUUGUACCCUGAAGAGGCCUUAGGACAGGGUCAAAAUACAAACGCCUGGGAGAAGACCCAUGGGUCUAGGAAGCUCUUCGGCCUGAAACAAACGGGAACGACCUCGGGGAGUAAAAUCGGCUCCAAAGCUAGUCCUAAGCAGGCGACUCGCAAGCCUUGUCAAAGGAUCGCCUUGUUGAAGAUCUACCCCAACGAAUUGGAGGCGCAGCCCGAGUUUCAACGGUUCAAGGAAUGGCUGCACACCUUCGAGCUCUACCGUGGGAAGAAAACCGGCGAUGAGUCCGAAGAUGAGUCAAGGAUCGUGGGAUGCUUCAAGGGUGCCCUGAAGGUCUACAAGUGGCCUCUUCCGAUGGACAUCGUGGACCAUACGGUGAUGGGCUUCGACCCCAGGUUCGGUUUCUUCCAGAGACUGCCCUCGAACGAGCCGAUCCACGCCUUGGUUCGCGUCUACGUCGUCAAGGCCAACGAUUUACAUCCCUGCGACCUGAACGGCAAGGCCGACCCCUACGUGGUCCUCCAGCUAGGUGGGAAGAGAAUCAGCGACAAGGAGAAUUAUAUCUCCAAGCAGCUCAACCCCGUCUUCGGGAAGUGCUUCGAGAUCGAGGCCACCUUCCCCCAGGACUCGGUGCUCACCGUGCAGAUCCUCGACUGGGACCUCGUUGGGUCGGACGACAUGAUCGGCGAGACCAAGAUCGACCUGGAGAAUCGGUUUUACAGCAGACAUCGUGCGACCUGCGGCCUCGCCCGUCGAUAUGACGAGUCCGGGUACAACGAGUGGAGGGACGCCAUCAAGCCCACGCAGAUCCUGGCCAAGUUCUGCAAGGAGGGCAAGGUCGAUGGUCCAGUUUACUCCCAUGGCAGGGUCACCAUCGGCAGGAAGACCUUUUCUUUAUCCGACGAGGAGAUGGAAUACUACGUCCACACGAAAGGUAUGGAGGAGCACCUAGCUCUGGCUGUUCUUCAUCAAUGGCAAGCCUUCCCCAGGAUCGGUUGCUCCCUGGUUCCGGAACACGUGGAGACGCGUCCUCUUUACAAUCCUGAUAAGCCUGGAAUCGAACAGGGCAAGCUGGAAAUGUGGGUCGACAUGUUCCCCAUGGACAUGCCCUUGCCCUCCGCGCCCGUCGACAUCUCGCCCAGGAAGCCGAAGAGCUACGAACUCAGGAUCGUCAUCUGGAACACCGACGACGUUGUUCUGGAGGACGACGCCUUCUUCACCGGGGAGAAGAUGAGCGAUAUCUAUGUUAAAGGGUGGUUGAAGGGACCCGAGGACUGCCAAUGCACCGACAUCCAUUACAGGUCAUUGACGGGCGAAGGUAACUUCAACUGGCGGUUUAUAUACCCCUUUGACUAUCUAGUUGCCGAAGAGAAGAUCGUCAUCAACCGGAAGGAGAGCCUCUUCAGCUGGGACGAGACCGAGUGCAAAAUCCCCGCUCGCUUGGAGCUACAGGUCUGGGACGCAGACCACUUCUCGGCGGAUGAUUUUCUCGGCGCCAUCACGUUAGACUUGAGCAGGUUCCCUCGGGGAGCGAAGAACAGCAAGCUCUGCACUCUGGAGAUGCUUAAGACGGACGGUUCGGUGCCCACCGUGAACAUCUUCAAACAGAAAAGAGUUAAGGGCUGGUGGCCCUUUUACGUGAAGAAGGAGAACGAAGAAAUGGAACUCACGGGCAAGGUCGAGGCCGAGAUUCACUUGCUGACGAAAGAGGAAGCAGAGAAGAAUCCGGCAGGAUAUGGCAGGAACGAACCUGACCCCCUAGAUAAGCCAAACCGACCGGACGCGUCCUUCAUGUGGUUCCUCAAUCCUUUGAAGUCCAUCAAGUACAUCGUUUGGCACAAUUACAAGUGGGCGAUUCUGAAGGCGAUCGUUGCCAUCGCCUUGUUGGUUCUGAUUCUACUCUUCUUCUACGCGAUCCCGGGAUACUCCGUGAAAAAGAUCCUAGGAGCUUAGAUUUUCCUUAUCUUUGAUCUUGCGGCUCGUUCCGGGAUUACUCGGCGGCGCACGAAUUAUCGUAAAUAGUAUGCAAUGUUUUCAAGCGAUGAGCAAUCUUUGAGAAAUUGUUUAUUUUAAAAUUAACUACUUCGGAGAUCGUCGCGCAGGUUCGCGGCUGAUAUCUUUAACGCUGAUUGUCGUUAGCGAGUUGAAUAGUGGCUAGUCGAAACUGUAAGGAAUAUUUUUCAAGAAUCUUAUCGUUCUGACGCCGAAAUACGGAUUAGCACCGUACCUUCUCUGACUUCGAUACUCUCGUUUCUUCCCCAUUGUCACACG